AUGGUGGGAAGAUUGGCUAACAAGAACACUAUCAUUACGGGUGCCGCUGGAGGCAUUGGCCUGGAGACAGCUAUCCAGUUUCUCAAAGAGGGCGCCAACGUGGUGAUUUCUGACGUGAACGACAAGGGUCUCACGGCGGCGGAGCAGAAGAUUAAGGAGGUUGUUGGUUCCUUUGAGGGCAAGCUGGUGGCCAAGGUUGCUGACGUAUCUAACGAAGUGCAGGUUAUGGCACUAGUUGAGGUGUGCGAACCAUGGGGCGGAGUCGACGUCAUGUUCAACAACGCAGGCAUUAUGCACCCGGAGGACAACGGGAUUUUGAACACCGAGGAGAAGAUCUGGGACCUCACACAGGCCAUCAAUGUCAAGGGUGUCGUCUAUGGCUGCAGGGCAGCGAUUAAGUCGUUGCUCGAGCACAAAAAGCCCGGAUCAAUCAUCAACACCGGAUCAUUCGUUGGCCUUAUGGGUGCAGCGACGCCUCAGAUCGCCUACACCGCCUCCAAAGGCGCCGUCCUGGCUAUUUCCAGGGAAUUGGCCGUUUGUUACGCCCAAAAGAACAUCCGGGUGAACGCGUUGUGUCCGGGCCCGCUCAACACGCCUCUUUUGCAGGCCUUUUUGGACACCGACGAGAAACGCACUCGCCGCACCGUGCAUCUGCCUAUGGGCAGAUUCGGCGAGGCCAUUGAGCAGGCCAAGGCUGCGGUAUUCCUGGCCUCCGAUGAGAGCUCUUAUGUAACUGGCCAGGAUUUCCUCGUUGACGGUGGCCUUACCAGGGCGUAUGUUACCGACAUCACUGGAUCUGCAGCUGCCCCUAAGAACCUCGCAUUCGGGCUCUAG